UGCUGCCGUUUUACAGUUUCACUCGAUACAGGCGGAGCAAAAGAAAAUGUCCUCGAACGUCGUGGUGGUUCUCGACAACGGCGGCGGUCUAAUUAAGGCAGGCAUCGGCGGUGAGCGUGAUCCAACAACCGUAGUCCCAAACUGCACUGCUCGUCCGCUUUCCUCCAAGAAAUUCCUCCUAGCGGACCAACUUCUGUCUCCAACGGAAGACCUAACCUCCGCUGUUCUCCGCCGUCCCUUCGACCGUGGUUACCUCAUCAACCAAGACCUCCAAUCGACCAUCUGGUCACACAUCUUCUCUUCUCUCCUCCACGUCACACCUUCCUCCUCGUCACUCCUCCUCACCGAACCCUUAUUCAACCUCCCUUCAAUCCAACGCGCCACCGACGAAAUCGUCUUCGAGGAGUUCAAUUUCAAAUCACUGUUCGUCUCCGAUUCACCGUCUCUAGUUCACUUAUACGAGGCCAGUAGACGCCCUUACGACGUCGUGUCGAAGGCGCAAUGUAGCCUUGUGGUGGACGUAGGGUUCAGUUUCACUCACGUAGCGCCGGUUUUCCAGAACUUCACUGUGAAUUACGGCGUGAAGAGAAUGGAUUUGGGCGGGAAGGCAUUGACGAAUUACUUGAAAGAACUAGUGAGCUAUAGGUCUAUCAAUGUGAUGGAUGAAACUUUCUUAAUGGAUGACGUCAAAGAAAAACUAUGCUUUGUUUCAACAGAUAUCGCUCGUGAUUUGCAGAUCGCUAGGAGACGUGGAAAUGACAAUUACUUUAGGUGUACAUAUGUGCUUCCUGAUGGAAUCACACACAUCAAGGGAUUCGUGAAAGACCCUGUUGAAGCACAAAAAUAUCUUACAUUAUCUGAAAAUGGUGAACUCCCACAUGAAGGAACUGAAGAAGACGAUCAAACAGAAGUUAAAAGCAAACCAACAGAAAGAAACAAAGUUGAUCUUACCAAAAAUGAAUUCAGCUUGAGCAAUGAGCGAUUUCUUGUCCCUGAAAUGAUCUUUCGUCCAGCUGAUUUGGGAAUGAAUCAGGCUGGAUUGGCAGAAUGUAUUGUAAGGGCUGUCAAUGCAUGUCAUCCUCAUCUUCAUCCCGUGCUGUAUGAAAGUAUAAUUUUAACGGGCGGAAGCACAUUAUUUCCAAAUUUUGCCAAAAGAUUAGAAAGUGAGCUGCGACCUCUUGUUCCGGAUGUGUACCAAGUGAAAAUAACAACUCAAGAAGAUCCCAUAUUGGGGGUGUGGCGAGGGGGAUCACUAUUGGCUUCUAGUCCUGAUUUUGAUGCAAUGUGUGUCACAAAGGCUGAAUAUGAGGAGCUUGGGUCCUCACGUUGUCGUAGGCGAUUCUUUCAUUAGUUUAUAAUUAAUUAAAAGGUAAAUUGGACUUUAUAAUAUUUAUUUGAUCGUUUGUUUUUAAUGUUAUUUAAUAUUUUUAUUUGGAUGUUAAUUUGGUAUGAGAGAAAAUGAAGACGUGAUAGGUGAUGUAACAUGAUGUUGGCGAAUAAAAAUCAAAUAAAGAAACAAGAAAUGAAAAUUAUAUGAGCUUAAAUCCC